UUAACAUCCGAGUCCUAUUUGAUUGUGGUUGUCAUUUACAGCUCGAUCCAUCCAUCCGCACAUGGAGCUGGAAGAUACCCUCGAGACCAGCCGCACGACGGCAAUUCGGAAGCUUCAGAUGCCGAUUGGAUAUCGUUUUCGUCCUAGAGACGAAGAGAUCAUCAUCCAUUACCUGCGCCCCAAGGUAUUGUCCUUCCCUUUGCCGGCCACGGCCAUCCUCCACGCCCACCACCUCUUCCUCCACCAUCCAUCACGUCUCCCAGGUAACCCGAAGGAGAAAAGGUAUUUCUUCUGCAAAACAAGUUCCCACCGUCCCUUUUCCAAUCCAGCCGGCUUCUGGAAACCCAUCAUUAACAGCCACAAGUUCAUUUUAGCUCCUGGUUGCAACCAUCCUAUCGGUUUCAAAAAAUGCUUUGUUUUCUACCAAAUUUCCAAUCAACGCCGCUCCAGGACCCCAUGGAUCUUGCAUCAGUUCCGGCUUCUAUAUCCCUUACCAAACAAGAUGGAAGAAUGGACGGUAUGCAGCGUCCACAUGAGUAAAAAGCACACCAAAUCUCAGCAGCGGAUCCAUAAAAAGGAAGAAGAAAGUAUUGAACAUGAUUCCAUGGAGGAUGACUUUGGUCCUCCUCAACAAACAUUGGAUGAUGGGGCAGAAUUCGUUGAAACUAGUUUGUAAUUCCUUGGUACUGUUAAGUUUGAGAAACUGAGUCUUUUGAGUUUUGAUUAUUAGGUAGGUAGUAGGUUACCACCAUUUAAUUAAGAUGGAUACAUGGAGGAAUCCACAUUAAGUGGUUAUAUGAAUUUUUGAAAACAGGAAGCCUUCUAAUCUUUUCUUUUUGUUUUUCCUCGAU